GUUUUUCUAGAAAAGAAAUGUUCCGGGAAUCAGGUGGUCCCAGAAAGUUGGAGGGGAGAUUUCUCGCCUGCCGCUCGCGCUGGGGCUCGAUGUGAAUAUAUAUUAUGUCUGCCUGUUCUCCCCUCGUCGGUGGCUAAGGUCAGCAGCUCCCAACGGACUCGGGAGGAGGGGGGCAGAAAGGGGAGGGGGGGGUCCGGCGCCUCACGUGACCCCCGCGGGUGCCAAUGUCCGGUCGUGAGGGUAUCAGGCUCUUGCAAGUUGCCACCCACUGCCCGGGCCUCGCCCAGCGAUGCAGAAAGCCACCUACUACGACAACGCCGCGGCAGCACUCUUCGGAGGCUACUCCUCGUACCCUGGCAGCAAUGGCUUCGGCUACGAAGGUCCCCCCCAACCCCCCUUUCAGGCCGCCACGCACCUGGAGGGCGACUACCAGCGCUCGGCGUGCUCCUUGCAGUCCCUGGGCAACGCCGCCCCGCAUGCCAAGAGCAAGGAGCUCAACGGCAGCUGCAUGAGGCCCGGCCUGGCCCCCGAGCCCCUGCCCGCCCCGCCCGGCUCACCCCCGCCCAGCGCCGCACCUACCAGUACCACUAGCAACAGCAAUAAUGGGGGCGGGCCCAGCAAAACCGGCACCCCCAAGUGCGUUCCUGGCUCCAACUCCACCCUCACCAAACAGAUAUUCCCCUGGAUGAAAGAGUCAAGGCAAACGUCCAAGCUGAAAAACAGCUCCCCGGGCACAGCGGAGGGCUGCGGCGGCGGCGGAGGCGGCGGCAGUGGUGGCGGCGGGGGCGGCGGCGGCGGCGGGGGAGGGGACAAGAGCCCCCCGGGGUCGGCGGCGUCCAAGCGCGCGCGGACGGCGUACACGAGCGCGCAGCUGGUGGAGCUGGAGAAGGAGUUCCACUUCAACCGCUACCUGUGCCGGCCGCGCCGCGUGGAGAUGGCCAACCUCCUGAACCUCAGCGAGCGGCAGAUCAAGAUCUGGUUCCAGAACCGGCGCAUGAAGUACAAGAAGGACCAGAAGGCCAAGGGCCUGGCCUCGUCGUCCGGGGGCCCCUCCCCUGCCGGCAGCCCCCCGCAACCCAUGCAGUCCACGGCCGGCUUCAUGAACGCCUUACACUCCAUGACCCCCAGCUACGAGAGCCCGUCCCCGCCCGCCUUCGGCAAAGCCCACCAGAAUGCCUACGCGCUGCCCUCCAACUACCAGCCCCCUCUCAAAGGCUGCGGCGCCCCGCAGAAGUACCCCCCGACUCCGGCGGCCGAUUACGAGCCCCACGUCCUCCAAGCCAACGGGGGCGCCUAUGGGACGCCCACCAUGCAGGGCAGCCCCGUGUACGUGGGCGGGGGCGGCUACGCGGAUCCGCUGCCGCCCCCUGCCGGCCCCUCCCUCUACGGCCUCAACCACCUUUCCCACCACCCCUCGGGGAACCUGGACUACAAUGGGGCGCCCCCUAUGGCCCCCAACCAGCACCACGGACCCUGCGAUCCCCACCCUACCUACACAGACCUCUCCUCUCACCAUGCGCCUCCUCCUCAGGGUAGAAUCCAAGAAGCGCCCAAAUUAACACACCUGUGAUCGGAGAGGGGCCGGGGGGGCCGGGGCGGCGGAGGGGCGAGGUCUUGGGGUGGCUGAGAGCUACGAGGGGCGCAGGCCGUGCGCUCUGAGGGGGCAGCCUGGAAGUCUGAAAUAGGGAGGCAAGGAGGCGAGAGCCACACUUGCUGCUGGGAAGACCGGGGCUGGAGCCCCUUCCCCUCCCCCUGGCCUGAGAAGUUGCUUUGUAAGGUCCUCCGGGCCUUGUUCGGUCCGCCUGCCAACCCACUGGAGAGAAAUCCACAGCCGACUGUGGAGAUGAUCCCCUCAACCCUAGGCCUCCAGCAAUACCCAGUUAGGAGAUAGGGAAACAAGGCAGAGAAGCACAUUUUAAAAAGCAGACAAGAUGGCUAGGCCAUCACCAACCAACCAACCAACUAACUUACCUUCCAUCUCUGUGAGUAAUUCCUCCAAAUCUUGAUUUUUUUUUUCCUUGCAGUUCUCCUUUAAAAAACAAACAAAAAAAGAGAGCCCAUUUCAAAACCAAGGGCCCAAAGCACGCUCCCCUCCCACUUUCCUGAAGCCUCAAGUUUCCUCCCACCCAUGUGAGGUUUCUGGGGGCGCUCCCUCCAUUUUUAGCCCCAUAGUUUCUGCUUUAGGACACUAAUGUCUACACCCCGCCCCCCUCUAUUACAGUUUUCAGAGGGCUCAGGGAUGGCGAGAGAUCCUGAAAGUCAGAGCUGUCUAUAUUAUAAAUAUAUAUAUUUUUUCUUUUAUGGAACGCUGGGAGGUCAGAGCAGGCAAGGUGUCAGGACUGAAGCUUUGCCCAUUCUGCUGUCUCCCAUCUCAGCUCCAGGACCAUCCCCCUCUCUCCACAGAAAGCAAUCGGGCGACACGAGGUUCUACACUUUUCUUUUCUUCUGUUGCUCUCUUGACUUAACGUGAAAACAGGGUAUAUUUUAACAAACUGUCUGUCCCAGGCAGGGGCUGCAGCUGGGCCUGUGCGCCUCGCUCAACCCCCUGUCAGGACACUUUUGUUGCACUUAGAGUUUACAUUUUAAUGGAUAUAAAAACAACUGUGAGAGAUGCUUGGGUCUGCAGGAGUCCGGCAUCGCUCAAAAAGUGUGUGUUCUAGUGAACAUUUUCAUAUAUAUUUAUUGGUUAUAGCCUGUUAAAAUAUUUUCUUUUUUGUAUUAUUUAUCCCCCCCCUACAUUAUGUAUUUAUAUGAGGGAAAAAAAUGACAAAUUGUACUUUUUUAGUAUUUACUUGUUAUAAAGGCCGUUGUGUUUCCUGUCAUGUAAAACCAGCUAUUUUAGUUAUUAUUGUACUCUAGAAAAGAGCUGUAGAUUUAUGUUAAACGCGUACUUAUGAGCAAUUGUAAUUAGUUCUAAAAGGCAUGAACUCAGCUCCUAUUGUCAUUGUAUAGUCCUGAAUUCGUAGAGUUAGAGUUAAUUCCCUCUCGAAACUUUCUUUGUUCUUCCGUAGUUACUUUUUUCCUCACUUAAAAGGGUUGUCUGUCAAACAAUUCUUGAAUAAACUUUCUGUUAUCAAUUUUA